GGGGAGUCGGAUGCUGGGAAGGCUGGGAAGUGACAAGUGCGCUUGGAGGAAGCAGCGUCCAUCCUUUUCUCUUUUAAUUCUGUGCCGACUCCGGUGAUUUCAAGUCGAUUGUUCAGUCGUCGAAGGACGUAUACAAAAGGAUCGCGGUGAGGGGCGGAGGGGAGGAGGACAGACACACCGAUACUCUUUACGGUGUGCGGGCGGAGCUGUAUGAAUUCGAAAAAUGUUCCCACGGUCACGUCGAACCGAGUUGAUCGCCACGUUCGUCCCAGUUCAUCUUUCGCGGCGCUCAGCGUCCUGUGAGAGCGGCCUUGACCGUUGACCGUUCUAUUUACACCAUUCUCAUCUUCACCCACUUCACUCGAACCUGAAGGAUCGAGGAAGAUGAGUGGGCACGCAGUCGUCGUGUGGGAAUGGGAAAAUCGACAAGCUAGAUGGAGGCCGUACAGUCCGGCGGUUUCCCAGCACCUGGAGAGAGCCCAUUGCAAAAAACUUACCAGGGUAUUCUUGAACGACGCAGAUCCGAGCCUCGACAGUUUCGUCUGUAUCAGAUACUACAUCAAUCUGAGGACAAAGACGCAGUGCAGUGACGAUGGCACGGAAACUCAUAACGUUAGGAGAAAAUUUUACUUGCCUGGAUCACCGGCAGGAAAAGGUGCCAAGUGGGAAUGGGUCGGUGACACUGACGAUUGGCACACUUACGACAUGGAGGUCCAGUGCCUCAUAGAGGAAGCAUGGGCACGGGGUGACAAAACAAUUGACGUUUCCAAAACAUACCUCGGCUUUCCUUACAUAAUAAAUUUUUGCAACCUUACUCAAGUUAGAUGUUGCACAGGUUAUGUACGCCCGAUCAGACGUAUACAGCAGGCACCGUAUCCUUUAGUGAAAGUUGCGCUUGAGGAAUUGCCACCGACUACUGGAAGAAGAGGACUAAAUGGAACUGUCAAAAAUCCACAUGCUAAACCAACACAUAAGAAAUUACCCAAUGGGACUGGAAAGAAGAGUAGCAAGAAGGGAAAACAUGGCGAUACAGGACCAACAAACAUUGCUCGUGUGAUAUUGAAUAACUUGAAUAUUUUCGGUAAUAAGCAUGCGGAAAACGUGCCAGUAGAAAGCACUACAGAACCAGUUCAAAAACGCAAGACACGGGAUUCCAAUUUACUAGACAUUGAUUCAAGCAGCACCAAAAGUGGUCGGCGUCCUAGCGUUGAUACAGUAUCCACCUAUCUCAGUCACGAAAAUUAUGUUGAUUUAUUAGACAGCAGUGUAGGGAGUGACGAUGCCUUCAAGGAUUCAGUUAUUGGUGUUGUAGUCGAAGCUCCUGAUGUCAUAUCUCAGUAUGUAAGGGUGGUUGAAAGUGCCGGUGCCGAUUCGUGUCCUGUUUGUUUGGGUUCUCCUGAGCCUCUGACAGUCGAGUUGACUCGGUGCAGACACAGGUUACACCUAGCGUGUCUAAACGCAAUGAUUAGUUCACAACAGCAACCAAUGUACAUACAGUGUCCAGUGUGCCGAUUGAUAUAUGGAGAAAAGAGAGGAAACCAACCUCCAGGGACAAUGAAUUGGACCAGAAUACCGCGGCCUCUUCCUGGAUUCCCGAACACGAACACAAUUCAAAUAACUUACGACAUUCCAUCAGGAAUUCAGGGUCCUGAGCACCCAAAUCCUGGCCAAACAUACUACGCAGUUGGCUUUCCUCGAGUUUGUUAUCUCCCCGACAACGACACAGGCAGAAAAGUCCUAAGACUACUGCAAAUCGCUUUCGAAAGGAGGUUGAUCUUCACCGUUGGACGGUCAGUGACUACGGGCCGAGAAGAUGUCGUUACCUGGAACGAAAUUCAUCAUAAAACUGAGUUAGGUCCGUCGACCUCGGGACAUGGGUAUCCCGAUGCUUCAUACUUGGAACGAACGCUCGCGGAACUCGCGGCCCAAGGAGUUUCCGAUGGCCAAUCAGUGACUGGUUUCUACCAAGAGCUUCAUUGACUCAGGUAUUUCGACGUUUUCGCUUUGCGAAAAUAUUCUUUAGAUCAGGGUUGGGCUGAGCAGCUGUGCAGUUAAACUGACGAGAAAAGACUGACUGAACAAGAGGAAACAGUCUGCCAAACAAGAAACCAAUUUUUUUUCGUGGUGAAUAAAUUCUGGCGAAUAUUAAUACUAUUUGGGACAUGCAAGAUGGUCUCAACAAUGCCUUACGUAUUAUACAAUAAUUAACGUUGGCGUAAUAGCUUUAAUUUGCAAUUCAAUAUUAAUAGCUUUAUAUUAUACUUGCAUAUAAGCGUGAGAGCGUGUGCGUGUGUGCGUGUACGUUAGUAUGUGUGUGUGUGUGUGUAUUCCGUACAUUUUUUUUCAAGUUUUUUGAAAUAUAUUUCUCAAAUUUUGUGUAGUUAAAUGGAUCUGCAGCAUUAUAUUCGUGCGGUUGUUUUUAGUCUGCUAUAAUCUCGAAAUGUUAAUUUACCUUGCGUUAAAUUUUAAAUGGAACAAAAUACUACGAGGAGAAUGAUGAUCCGUGCUUCCAGAAAAAUAUUAUAUACUAUAUACAUAUACGUAGAUUUAUACUCCAUCAAAAUGGUAUUAAUGAAAAUUGAUAUAUAGAUAUAUUUAUG